GCGGAAGUUGGUUGACGUCAUCGGCGAGUUCAGUUCCUGGUUUUGUGCAUUCUUUAGCUUUCACUCGAUCGUACGGUUUUUUACUUCGGCUAACCGGCCACCAUCCGGAGUGCACUGCCCUUGUGUGUUGGGAGGACAGUUCUUGUGCCAACGGUUUACCCCAGAGAAACCAGUGGCGUGCGUCUGUCAUCAGUUUCCUGCGUGUGUUUGUGGCUCUGGUAACAGGAAGACAGGCACAGAGAGACGUCUGAACUGAGAGAGGAAACUGCUGUGGCUUCUUCGUCAGCCUCAGAAUGACUGAAUUCUGGGUUUGCUUCAGCUGCUGCAUUGCAGAGCAGCCACAACCUAAACGGCGGCGACGGAUCGAUCGCUCCAUGAUCGGAGAGCCAACAAACUUUGUUCACACCACACACGUAGGCUCGGGGGACAUGGGCCUAGGGUUGGCAUCGGUGGACCUUGUUCAGGCCCAGAUGAAAUCUAAAGGGGGCUAUGCGCAUGGAGGAUCUGAAGGUUCUCAGUUGUAACAAGCCCUUCACAGUCUUGUGGAAACUACUGUUGUUGAUAUAAGGAAGCGUUUUCAAAAAGCAGUUCUGUCUGUAAUGGACGCAGGACCAAAAGAUGAAACUACUGCUUUUCCAUAAUGUUGUAUAUAUUUUUAUUUUCCAUUCCUUUUGUUGUUUUUUUUAAUGAAAGCACUGCUAUCCAUUUGCUGCCAUACUGUUGCACUGUAAAGAGUAACUGUUAAGAGUAGAUAAGAGGGGUUAGAAAGCUCACAAAUCUCAGUCGGAUGUAUGCUUGUGUGUAUGCAUGAGGAAAAUAUUUUCAAAAAUAUUUGCUGUUGUAGCCCAUUUGGAUGCCUGUAUUUAUUAUCUGAUUUGUAAACGGACCUCAUGGUGGCUGGGCCACGCUGGAGAUUUAGAACAUUCAGUUUCCUUCUUUAUUCUCAGAGGUUUAUCAAAGGACAGGUAACAGGUAGCAAGACAAAAGGCGAUAUGUUCAUUGUUUUAUUCUGAAAAGUACUCAUGAUUCUCUGAGUUACUUUCAGGGUUGAAGAUUGCUGUAAUAAACUUGAAAUGAGUAGAGUACACUGGACCAUACAUUGUACACUCACACUUGCUUAGGAAUUUCGCAAUGAUUUCAACAGUUUUUUUUUUUAUUCAUUUAGAUUGAACCAUAUAGAAUUUUAAUAAACUAUGAACUUCCUAAUCUGC